CGCGGGGUUCGGCAGUGCGCGGGGUUCGGCAGUGCGCGGGGUUCGGCACCGCUCCGCUGCCGUCGCCAUGGACCUGGGGCCGCUGAGGAUGGGCUACCGCCGGGACGAGGAGGCCUUCGAGGAGCGGCACCUGGCCUCCCGGCACCCCAUCGAGCAGUUCGCGGCUUGGUUCACGGAGGCGGCGCGGUGCCCGGCGGUGGGCGAGGCCAACGCCAUGUGCCUGGCCACGUGCGGCAGGGACGGGAGGCCCUCGGCCCGUAUGGUGCUGCUGAAGGGCUUCGGGCGCGACGGGUUCCGCUUCUUCACCAACUACGAGAGCCGCAAAGGGAGGGAGCUGGAUGCCAACCCCUUCGCUUCUGUUGUCUUCUAUUGGGAGCCCCUCCACCGGCAGGUACGGAUUGAGGGCUCAGUGAAGCGGCUGUCAGAGGAGGAAUCGGAGCAGUACUUCCACUCCCGCCCUAAGGGCAGCCAGAUUGGGGCAGUUGUCAGCCAACAGAGCACCGUCAUCCCAGACAGAGAAUAUUUGAGGAAGAAGAACGCAGAGCUGGAGGAGCAGUACCGGGACACAACAGUGCCAAAACCAGCUUACUGGGGAGGCUACAUCCUGCAGCCAGAGGUGAUGGAAUUCUGGCAGGGCCAAACCAACCGCCUGCACGACCGCAUCGUUUUUCGGCGCCCACGAGACAGCACAGCCCCCCUGGGACAAAUGACACAUCAGGGUGAGGAUGGCUGGGUGUUCGAACGCCUUUCCCCAUGAAGCUGCAUGUUCCUGGCUGCACUCACCUGACUGGCAGUGUUCCCUGUGCCAAAUCCCCCAUGUGUCCCCUGCUGUGUCCUGGGGAGCUGCAGCCUCACUCUGCCCUUCCCUGGUGGUGCUGGGGGGGCUCAGUUCAGCCCCCCCCAGAUCCCAUUGUGCUCACAGCAGGCAGAGACAGGUCGGUCCCACAGACCCCUGCUUCCCCCUGCCAGCGUGUGAGUAGCAAUUGCCCUUGGGACUGGUGGUGUUAAUGAAUUACGUGAAUGAUUGUAGAAGGGCACUGGUGAAUCCCCUGCCCUCAUCCUGCCCUGCUGCUGGGACCAAUCAUGCCCUGUGUUUUAGCUAGAAUCAUGCCUUUUGCUCAGUCGGUGCAAUAACUUCUUUAACUGUGGCUCUGAUAUUAUUGUGAGUGCUCUUGGCUGGCUCUGCUUGUUGCCACCCGUGUGUUCCAUCUCUGUGGGGCUGUAGGACCCCAAUCUUCACCCCAUCUGUACCAGCACUGCUCCCUGCCUGUACAUGGGAACAAUAAAGUCUGAUCAGAGCGGAGCUGUGCAGUGUUUGGGUUA